AUGCCACCGAUUAAGAGUAAAGAGUGGGACAAUGGUAUUCGGGUCGCUGUUUUAACGUUGUGGGACGUGGGGGGGUCGACGGCCCAAGAGAUAUGCGAAAAGUACGGCAUGGCCCGGCGGACUUUUGUCGCCAUCCGCAACAAAGCUCUAGCCCGGGGAUGGGCUCCCGGUCAACCGGUGCUAAUAGCACAUGUCGAAAACAGCCCUCGCUCCGGUCGCCCCAGGAAAGAAAGGAACGGACCCGUUGAAGGUGUGGGUAGUCAACCUUCCUCGCCUCAAGGGGCGUAG